AUGAUGCUUCAGCAACCGCGUCACUUCAACCAAAACCCUGGUUAUCUUCCAAAUGGAGCCGCUGGAGGACACACUGGCUUGCCACCCGGAGCUACUCCAUUACUUCCCAAUAACGGUCGCAUCAUACAAACCGGAGGUGUUAGAGUGCUGUGUAUUGCAGAUGUCCGAGGAAACCUCAGAUCCCUCAACGAUCUUGCAAAGCAAGCCCGCGCCGACCACAUUAUCCAUACUGGAGACUUUGGUUUCUACGAUGCGACCUCACUGGAUCGUAUUGCGGAAAAGACCCUAAAACAUGUUGCUCAGUAUUCUCCCCUCAUCUCAGAAUCGACGAAGAAGGCAAUCAGUGCACCUGGUGGCCCAGUAAAGCAGCGAUUCAAUCCCAGCGAUCUUCCUCUCUCUGAACUUCCACAAUUUCUUGACGGCAGCCUGAAGCUUGACGUUCCGGUCUAUACUGUCUGGGGUGCUUGUGAAGAUGUACGGGUUUUGGAAAAGUUCCGAUCUGGUGAAUACAAGGUGGAAAAGCUACAUAUUAUUGAUGAGGCUCGAUCGAUGUUGCUGGAGAUUGGCGGUGUAAAGUUGCGCCUCCUCGGUUUGGGUGGUGCUGUGGUUAUGCACAAGCUCUUCGAUAACGGUGAGGGCCGAACAACCAUUGCUGGUGGGCAAGGAACCAUGUGGACCACCCUAUUGCAAAUGGGAGAGUUGGUGGAUACUGCGAAUCGCGUCUACGACCCUACGGAGACACGUAUUUUCAUCACCCAUGCCUCUCCGGCUCGCGAAGGUAUCUUGAACCAGCUUUCCGUUACGCUGAAAGCUGAUUUCUCGAUUUCCGCUGGACUUCAUUUCCGAUAUGGCAGCUCCUACAACGAGUUCAGUGUCAACCCUACCUUAGACCACUACCGUGGAAAGCUUGCUGCAUCGAAGGCCUCCUUUAACGAUGUCUGGGAGACUGUCAAGGGAGAGGUCCAGCCGGCAAUUUCGCAGAACGAGGCACAACAAAACCUCCUCCAAAAUGCGUUGGGCAUAGUCGAUAAGAUGCCAAGCACUGCACUGGGUGGAAAUCCUUUCGGUGGUCCCGUGGGCGGAGCUAAUGCAGGGGGAGUUGGUCAGGUUGAUGAAAGCGCAUUCAAGAAUAUGUGGAACUUCAACUUGGCAGAUGCUGCAUUCGGAUGGUUGGUUCUUGAGGUUCAAGAUGGUCGUAUUGGUACCGAGAUGAGAGCUCAAGGCUUCAACUUUGCACACCGAGGCGCCAAGCAACAUCCGGGCCAUAUCAAUCAACCUGCCCAAGCUCCUGCAACUGGAUCAGGAACCCCUGGCGCAAGCAAUACCCUUGUCGCCUCUACCCCAACUGGUCCUGCCCAACGCGCACCCGCCGCCCAACCAUCUGGUCAACAGCUAUUUGGCCAGGGCCAACAACGUCCGAACCAGCAACAAGCUCCACGAGGACCCUCAUCUUCCGAGGCAAAGCCCGAGUCACCUGCGCCGCAACAGCCCGCAACACCCCAACCGCAAACCAACGUGGUGAACCUUCCUGGACCAGAGAAGAAGGAGAGCGAGAAAGUCGGCAUACCUGCAGCGACAAAUGGUACUAACGGGGCCGAGGCUUCUUCACCUGUCUCGAAAACUCCCGUUGAACCUAUUAUUGGUCUCUUUGUCAUGAACGUUACCUCAGACGAGGCUGUUCGGGAGCUGUUCAAGGACGAAGACAAGGAGAAGAUUCUCAAGAUCGAGAAGUGGGGUCAAUCAAACAAGGUAGCACACUUCAAGACAAUUGAGGAGCGAGAUGCUGUUCUCCAGAGCCUCCCAGAAGAUGUAAAAUCGAGAACUGGAGAGGACCGCAGCCGACCACUUGUAAAGAUCUUCCAGCCAAGAGAGAACAAAUCGUUUGGUGGCAGCCGUGGCGGAGCCGGAAACUGGGGCAGCAGCAGAGGCGGCAACAACUCCAGUACUCCUCAAGGCGGAUAUCGAAGCGGGGGAGCUAGUGAUAGUGAAGGUGGUCGCGGAGGCCGAGGAGGUCGUGGCGGUGCACCAAGAGGACGGGGUGGAGAGCGUGGACGAGGACGCGGCCGAGGCUUCAAGAACGAUUCAUCACCGGCACCAUCGAACGCAACUCCUGCAACAACCGACUCUUAA